UAUUAAUAAAAGUAUUCCACAAUGUAACCCAACUACUACCUGCUAAAAUUCAACCCUACUACAAUUUGUUAAAAUUCAAGUGAAUACUACUUGAGUCCCUACCAUAAAAAAGAAGAGCAACAAAAGUAUAGGUUUAAUCCUCCAAUGAAGAAAGAGCCACCAGGGAAGACUUGUAAUUGCCUGCCUACAUGGUGUUGUUGCUUUACUUGCUGUGAAUCUGGAAGGAAGAAGGGGAAGUGCUCAAGUCUUGGUUUGGGUUUCUUUCAGGAGUUGAUAAUGGAAAAAAAUUUGGUGAUGUCUCAAAGAAAGCUUGAGAAGAUAUUUGCGCAGUGGGUAGUGUUCAUAGCAGCUAUAAAUGAUGGAGAGUGGUGGAGUUCUGACUCGCAAUGGAUACACCGCGAAUGAAAUCCCGAAUAGAGCUCAAGUAUAAACUCUAGUCGGGUGCAGUAUGUAACACCCCACCCUAAAACUAAUGGGUUGAACCAAUAGUUCACCCGCACAACGGAAUCUCUAUCGGGGUUACUCAAAAACUCAAUUGUUUACUACUACUAACAUACAUACCAACAUCAUUAUAAUCCAAAAUCAAAAUAAUCAAUUCUCAAAUUACUCAUAAUAUACCAAAAAUCACCUCGAUCUAGUUCAUUCCUUUCAUGUAAACAAAAUCAGAGUCUCAUUCAUUGCUAUGCUCCUUACGGUACCAUCUACUAUGCAAUACCCAAAUCAUCAACUCAUAAAACAUAAAUGAGAGUCAUUUCAAAAUAUGGGAAAACUUCAAAACCAAUUCUCCAUCGAUCAUUGUGCAGUGCCAGAGUUCCUCUCAAUUCAUUUAGAAGCUCAUUCCUCUCUCGUUUGAGCUCGGAAUUCGAUUUCGUCGACUCCGUGACGCUCCUGGAGACGAGCUCUACGCAUCGGUACUAAGCUUUGGGAUUAUUGUCGCAAUUAACGAUUUCGACGUCUACGUCAGGAUUUACGAAGGCCCUCCGACGAGCCUCUUACAAGCUUCGAAAUUGAUUUCUGACUCCAUAGAUCGAUUUCUAGAGGUCCUAUUACCUAAACCCGACCCUCAGAAGCUGUGUUUUCCUUUCUUUCUUUUCCCCUUUAUUUUCUUCCUUUUCUUUUAGUUGCUGAUGUCAAAAACGAUGAAGAGAAGGGAGCUUUAAACUUUCGUACAUUCAACCUCCCUCUCUCUCAAUCCUAUCCGUUGCACCAGCAUUAAAUCCCUGCUGGAAGGCCGCCUUCUAACUCUGCAGUCGUUCACGAGGAGAGGAGGGGGAUUCAAAUCCCCAAGUCGGCUGCCGCUUGAAAACAUGUAUAUCUGCAGAAUGCAGCUUGAGUCGACGUUGCUGCCUCUCCGAUUGAAACGGCGACCUCCAAGAUUAAGGCUACUGCAGGUGUAGGGACGCAAUUACUAGUAUUGAAAAGAAUGGAAAGACUUUGGUAUCGUUUGUAUCGUUUAGUCCGGGAUGUUGCACAGUAUAGGGCAUGUAUGUUUUAAUUGUCAAACCUAGGUUGGUCCAUGUACCCCUACUUCAAUCGCUUAAAUUGUUAUCUAGAAAACGAUUUUGGGUUUAAAACUAAGAAAACUACAAAAUAAACAAACAAGUAAAGUAAAUCGAGGUUGUCCCAAUGAGAGAAGAAUUCACCCGGGUAUUGCUCCCCCUAUCAACAUAUCAAGAUCGACCAAAUCGAAUGCAAAUGUGUCGAGGUGUGUUCAUACGCCGUAGGAGGACGCAACAAGUGAAGGAAACAUCGCUCUCUUAAUCAAUCGGUUAAGGAAAACAAUUAAGCUAGGAACCUUAGCUCUCUCCAUCAAUGGAUUAAGGAUUGCUACAAUAAACUUGGGAGUCUAGCUCUCUUAACCUUUCGGCUAAGGAUUGCAACAAUAAGCUAUGAGUCGUAGCUCUCUUAACCGAUUAAACUAAGGGUUGCAAGAACUAAUGCCUCGGAACUUAAUUCGGACGGCAAAGUAACACCCAAGUUAAAGUGCUAAAUCAAAGCUUGAGGUUUUGCCUAAUUUUCCCUAGGUAGGUGACUCAAUUGGCCAAGAAAUCCAGCUUAUCAAAGCCUCCUAACAAAAAAGGGGAAUUCCCUCUACUCAGGUUAAAUUGGCAUAAUAAUGAGAAAUGAAAAACACAACCCAAGCAUCAUGAAAAUACCUCAAACUUUGCAUUAAACACAAACCCACACACAUAGCAUUCAAUCCAUACAAUCUAUAUCACCUAUUUCAAGCUAGGGUUCACAACACCCAAGUGAAGAGGUAGGUUAAUCUAUAUCUAGGUAAGGGAAAACAACAAAAAGAAGAGAAAGAACCAUAAAGAGAUGACUAUCUUCCUUCCUUGUUGCUUGAGUCUCACUUGAGAGGUAAGAAUUUUCACUCCUCUAGCUUGAAGAAAGCCCAAUCUCCUUCUUCCUCCUUUGAAUGGCACUUUCUCUCUCUAGCUUUGAAAGAGAAACCCUAAAAUCUCACUAGAAACCCUCUUUUAUUCUGAAAACUAAAAACCUACUAAAAACUCUCUAUCUCUCUCCCAACAUCCUUCUAUUUAUAGAGCCUGAUAGUCACUUUUCGCGAUCACUGUUCACGGCGUGACAUCGGCCCGAAACACAUAGUUUUUGGUCCAACUUCACGGUCUGGGGUGAUUUUUCACGAUCCAGCGACCGUGAUCCAGUUGAGGUCCGUUGAGGUGCACAAAACUCUUUGGAAUCAUCGCACUUCUUGCCCACGAGUUUUGACUUUUCUUCACUUUUUCGCGCUUUUCGACCUCCAGUCGACCUAAAACUCAUCCUCAACCUUCCCACAUGUGUAAAAACAAGCGCAACCUAGGUCGAGGGACGAUGAAAUUCCAAGUCAAAUGGACAAGAAAUGAGGGGUAAAAUGUGUACUACUAGACCCGUAUCAAGAUCCGUAGGGGCAAACUCUGCUUCACUUUUCAAAAGCAAUUCAUGUCAUAACUGUGUCAAAACAAGCGCAACCUAGGUCGAGGGACGAUGAAUUCCAAGUCAAAUGGACAAGAAAUGAGGGGUAAAAUGUAUACUACUGGACCCGUAUCAAGAUCCGUAGGGGCAAACUCAUCUUCACUUUUUAAAAGCAAUUCACGUCAUAACUUUUGCCCCGCUUAACUUUUCAAAAGCAAUUCAUGUCAUAACUUAUAAGUUGUGGCCUAUGGAUAUGAUGACCUGCGACCUUUCCUUCUAAACCUACAACUCAUGUGAUGGACCCCAAAUUAAAUUUUUUAAUUUGAUGAAAGUGUUCCCAGAUACUCCAUGCUAAAAACCUGCACCAAUUACUCCAGAUCACCUCGACCACUACCGAGGUCAAUCACCCCGGGUCACCUUGGGGUCACUCCGACCACCACAAGUCUCCUUGGGGUCAUUCCGGCCACCCUGGGGUCAAUCAACUCGGGUCACCUUAGGAUCAAUAAGGCCACCCCAGGGUCAAUAACCUCGAGUCACAUCAACCACCUCGUGGUCACUCGGCCAACCCAAGAUCAAUCACCUCGAGUUACCUAACCCACCCAACCCCAGGGUCACUACGGCCACCCCGGGUUAAUCACCUUAGGUUACCCUGGGUUCACCUAGCCCACCUCGGGGUCAAUCACCAUGGGUCACCUUGGGGUACGCCGACUACCCGGGGUUACUCUGACCACCCUAGGGUCAAUCACCUUGGGUCUCUUAGCCCACCCCAGGGUCAAUCAGUCUGGGUCAUCUUGGGGUCACUCCGGCCACCCCGGGGACAAUCUUCUCGGGUCACCUUGGGUCAUUUCGGCCACCCCUGGGUCAAUCACCUCGGGUCACCUAGCCUACCCCGGGGUCACUCCGACCACCCUGAGGUUAAUCACUUCAGGUCACCUUGGCCAACCUAGGAUCACUCUGACCACCCUAGGUCAAUCACCCUAGGUCACCUUGGGGUCAGUCCGACCACCUCGAGUCCUCUUGGGGUCAUUCGGGCCACCUUGGGGUCAAUCACCUCGCAUCACCUAGGGAUCAUUCAGGCCACCCAAGGGUCAAUCACCUCGGGUCACCUAGCCCAACCCGGGAUCACUCUAGCCACCUGGUGUCAAUCACCUUGGGUUACCCCCGGGUCACCUAGCCCACCCCGGGGUCAAUCACCCCGGGUCACCUUGGGUCACUCUGACACCCUAGUUCUAUCACCUUGGGUCACAUAGCCACCUUGGGGUCACUCCAACCACCCUAGGGGUCAACCACCCCAGGUCACCUCGACCACCUUAGGCUCACUCCGCCCACCCAGGACAGUCAACACCCUUGGGCACAUACCCCCUCACAUGUCCCCUCUCCAUACCACCGAGUACAAGAGGAAGACACAUACCUCCUUCAUGCUCUCCUUGAUGCCUCUAUAAAAGGCCACUUCAUUUCCAGAUUGUGGUAAGCAAAAAAUCCCCUUGCCUAUGCUCGAGAACUCUUGCUAUGAUUAGCGCAGAUAUUCAUUCUCAACUCCAUUCCCUCAUCUUCCCUUUCGAGAUCAUAUUCCUCCCACUCAACCCACCCACUAACUUGAGCGUUGGAGAGUGUCCGCGCCGAGAUUGGCCGACGGACCCUUUUUGUAGGGGACAACCAGAGCUGACAUCACGAGAGAAGUUCAUGGUGAAAGGUGGUCAUCGACCGACUCUGGUGCCAAGCAUAAAAAAACUCAACGUCGACUACAACCCCGACAUCAACAUCAUGUAACACCAUAUAAGUUUCAGAUCCACCAUUUUGCCUUCAAUCGAACAAACAUUGUGCUAUAAAACAAAUGCAAUUCCAUUGACACUUGCUCCUAAAUCCGCCAAGAUUUUCUAUGUGAUGGUUACCAAUACUAAGAGGAAUAGUGAAGCUACCUGGAUCGGGUCGCUUCUUGGGAAACCGGUUGAGGAUGAAGGCCGAGCACAAUUCAUGUAACACCCUACCCUAUACGUUUUGCCUAAUCAUAUUGUUCAUACAAUUGCAGCGGAAAUAAUCUCGGGUGUUACAUUAAUUAUCAAAAUUUACCAAAAUAAAAUUUCGACAUGAAUUAAUCGCGUAAUGGGCUAACAGUUCUUGUAACUAAAACCUGCAAAAUAAUUUAUCUGAAUCCACGCAUUCAAUGACAAACAUAUAUACUAACAACCAUAUACAUAGACUUUCAUAGCCAUAGUCACAGUUUCAUACUACACAACUGCAUACCAAACUUAUACAUACCAUAAUCGUCACAACUUACACAGUUACACAACAUAUACACAUAUCAUCAACUUUCCACACCUGUGGAUAUCUCACACUAGAUCAGAAGCUAGUAUGCACAUGAAAAACGUUCUCAAAACAUUUUUACAAAAAGGUGUGGAUCACUGGCCAAAAUCCCGAGUAGUAGUCCAAGCACAGAAUAGUUGAAGACCAUACCUCAUCCUGGCUUCAACUCUAGCUCAGCUCCCACCUAUACACCUAUCUACUGUUGCUGAUGAUGAUGAUCUGCUUACACAUGGCAUAAGCAGAGAAAAAGGAUAAAGAGGGUCAGCUCAU